AUGGCCAAAGCAAUCAGUGAUUUGUCCGACACGUUGGGAGGCAGUCGUGCGCUGGUACGUAAUCUUCGACUGGCGAGCUUUUGUACACUGAUUUGCGAAUUGGGCGAAGCAUGCGCAGUUAACGAGUACGCGAAGAAUGAUGAAGAGCCAACGAAUGCGAAGCGAACGCCGGCUUGGAUCCAUGCCGAAGGAAAUUCAGCAGCACUUGACGACAAUCAGCACAAAUAUGGCUUUAUCAAGUUAAUGCGCCCUGCAGUCUGGCCAGCAGAUGGUUUCUAUUGA